AUGAUAGUUAGAGUGAUUUGCUUCCAGUUAGACCCUAGCAAUCAUCGUCACCACCCCUCCUCCUUAUCUCCACCCGACGACGACUUCCUCAAUUUGCAUCUUCCCUCUAAAUUAUUCAGAAUAUACUUGAUUUUAGCAACAGAUGUUAGGGUCAGCCGCAUCCUACCAUCGGCACCUGCACAUCAUUCAUUGUCCUCGCCACCACCAUUCACGAUCACCGCUACCCCCAACAACACACAUUUGAACCCUAAUAACACUGAGGAUGUUGCCACAUCAUUGUAUAAUAACACUGAGGAUGUUUCAGUGAAAGAUGCUGAAAAUGGAACUCCUAUUGGUAACUUAGAGGAACCUGAAAAGAGCAGUGAAGGAAAGAAUGCAUUCAAGGCUCUUUUGGAAAAUGCAAAUGUAGCUUCUGAUUGGACAUGGGAUCAGGCAAUGAGAGUAAUUAUAAAUGACAGAAGAUAUAGUGCUCUUAGAUCACUUUCAGAACGAAAGCAGGCUUUCAAUGAGGAAACUAAAGAGAUUACUUAUACCACUAAAUGGAGCAAAGCAAUUGCAAUCUUUGAGGAUGAUGAUCGUUUCAAAGCUGUUGAAAGAUUGAAAGAGCGUGAGGAGUUAUUUGAGGAUCAUAUAAUGGAACUUGAGAAAAAGGAAAAGUCUAAGGAUUUAGAGGAGUACAAGAAAAACAAAAAGGAAUACAUUGAAUUUCUGAAAUCUUGUGACUUUCUUACGGAAUAUAUACAUGAUUUAGAGAAGGAUGAGGAAGAGCAAAGGAAACUACGAAUGGAAGAAAUAAGAAAAACAGAGCGAAAAAAUGGUGAUGGAUUUCGCAAGUUGAUGGAAUGGCAUAUUGCUUCUGGAAUGCUGACUUCAAAAUCUCACUGA